AUGAUACUGAGUCUGCAGCGAUAUGAUCUGCAAGUUAAGUACGUGAAGGGAAAAGAUUUGAUUCUGGCAGAUACUCUAUCACGGAACAUCGACGACAGUAAGCCAGUGACGGCCGAAGAUUGCGACCCGUUAUGGAGGACCAUCGAAGAAGUAAACGUACUGCAAGGCAUCGACAUUCAAUCGAACUUGCUGGAUAGGAUCAAGCAAGCUACGCAGAAGGAUGAAACUUGUCAAAUUCUGAAACUGCACAUUGUCAACGGAUGGCCCAGCGAGAAAUCUACGGUGAUGGAGUGCGUGAAGCCUUUUUAUGCGUUAAGGGCGGAAUUGGUGAUUCAAGAUGGCGUGAUCCUGCGAGGAAAUCGCAUCGUUGUGCCGGCUGAGAAUCGUCAGGAUGUUCUGAAACUUCUGCACUACAGCCAUCAAGGAGAACAGGCGACUCUUCGCAAGGCCAGAGACAUUGUUUAUUGGCCAAACCUCAACGAUCACGUGCAGAACAUGGUCAAAGCGUGUGGUAUCUGCAAUCAGUACAAAAACUGCCAACAGUGUGAGCCGAUGCAGAGUUAG